CGAGCACUCGCUCGGCAUCCGGCAGUUAGUUAACAAUGGCUCACCUGGUGGGCAUGAUGGCGCUUCUCCUCCUCCUCCUCGCCGCGUCAGCUGAGAUAGCCCAGGCGCGCGCGGCAGCGGUGCCGCCGGUGGGGAAGUACGCCGUGAUCUUGGACGCCGGCAGCACGGGGACCCGUAUGCACGUCUUCCGGUUUGACAAGCGGAUGGAUCUCGUCAAGAUCGGCGACGACAUCGAGGUCUUCGCCAAGGUGAAUCCUGGUCUGAGUUCAUACUCUGGACGGCCCAAGGAGGCUACCGAGUCCAUAUUACCACUGCUUCAAAAGGCCAACAGCGUCGUGCCUCAGAGGCUUAUGAAAACGACUCCUGUUAAACUCGGGGCGACGGCCGGACUCAGGCUCAUCGGAGAUAAGCAAGCAAAGCAGAUACUUGACGCGGUCAGGGGCGCUGUCCACACUAACACCAAGUUUCAGUACAAUCCCAAGUGGAUCAAUGUUCUCGAGGGAUCUCAGGAAGGAUCCUACCUAUGGGUUGCUCUGAAUUACCUGCUGGAUAACUUGGGUGGGGACUACUCGAAAACGGUAGGUGUGAUUGAUCUUGGAGGUGGGUCCGUGCAAAUGGCAUAUGCCAUUUCUCCGGCCACCACUGUUGCCGCUCCAGGAGUGCCUCACGGCAAGGAUCCUUAUGUUACAAAAGAGUAUCUCAAGGGAAGAGAUUACAACGUUUAUGUUCACAGCUACUUACGCUACGGCGCCUUAGCUUCUCGCGUAGAGAUCUUCAAGGCUAAGGAAGGACCAUUUAGCUACUGCAUGCUUCGUGGCUUCAGUGGCAAAUACACCUACAACGGUGAGGAGUACAAUGCUACCGCGUCAAUGGGAGGUGCACAAUACGGGAAGUGCAGAGGUGAUGUAAUGAAGGCACUCAAACUUGAUGCUCCUUGCCCAGCCAAGAAGUGCACCUUCGACGGCGUGUGGAACGGCGGGGGCGGCCCCGGCCAGGCCAACCUCUAUGUCGCAUCUAGCUUCUACUACAUGGCCUCGCAGGUUGGCCUCAUCGAUAGUGAUGCACCAAGCGGGACGUCCACCCCAAUGGCUUUCAGAGCCGUUGCCCAGAAGAUAUGUAGAAUGAGCUUGAAAGAAGUGAAGGCUAAGUACCCCAAGGUCCGCGACAUACUCUACAUUUGCAUGGACCUCGUCUAUCAAUACUCCUUGCUCGUCGAUGGGUUUGGUUUGGAACGCACCAAGAAUAUUACACUCGUGGAGAAGGUGAAGCAUGGGGAGUACUUCAUUGAAGCGGCAUGGCCUCUCGGAGAAGCUAUUGAGGCCGUGGCACCCAAAAAGGGGACUUGACAAUAGAUGUCCCAUGAUACGCUUGGCUUCGCUUACAAUUAUUGCUCUUUUCGAUAAAGGGAACUUUUAUUAUCUUAAAAUAUAGCAUCAAGCGGAUACAAAGCAUUAUGAGUAACAAUCGGCCUCUGUAUAACUAGUAUGCACACAGCCAAACCUCAAUGUCUGUCAAUAAGAAAUAAAACAAAGCUGACAAAUCGGCAACAA